AUGCCCAGCCCGCUUUCUGCAGCCCUGCGGCCGCGCUGCUCUGUGCGUGGACCCGUCCCGCGUCGGUUGGUCUCCAGUCCCCGAGCCGCGGACCCGACCCGCUGCAGCCGCGCACCCUCCACCCGCUGCAGGCGCGGCCCGAGCGCUGCCCAGUUGACUUUUUCACCAUGAUCCCCUGCAGAGCAGCGCUGUCUUUUGCCCGAUGUCUGAUCAGAAGAAAAAUCGUCGUCAUGGACGGCCUAGAAGAUUCCAAAUUAAGCCGUUGCUUAUCCACCAUGGACCUCAUUGCCCUGGGGGUUGGAAGUACCCUCGGUGCUGGGGUUUACGUCCUGGCUGGGGAGGUGGCCAAGUCGGAUUCAGGCCCCAGUAUCGUCCUGUCCUUCCUCAUCGCCGCCCUGGCUUCGGUGAUGGCCGGCCUCUGCUACGCUGAAUUUGGGGCCCGAGUUCCCAAGACGGGGUCCGCCUAUCUGUACACGUAUGUUACCGUUGGCGAGCUGUGGGCCUUCAUCACCGGCUGGAACCUCAUUUUAUCCUAUGUGAUCGGUACAUCAAGUGUUGCAAGAGCUUGGAGUGGCACCUUUGAUGAACUUCUGAACAAACAGAUUGGCCAGUUUUUCAGGACGUACUUCAAUAUCAAUUAUACCGGCCUUGCAGAGUAUCCGGACUUCUUUGCUGUCUUCCUCAUAUUGCUCCUAUCAGGUCUUCUAUCUUUCGGGGUAAAAGAGUCUGCUUGGGUGAACAAAAUCUUCACAGCUGUCAACAUCCUGGUCCUUCUCUUUGUUAUGAUUGCUGGGUUUGUGAAAGGAAACGUGGCCAACUGGAAGAUUAGUGAAGAAUUUCUCAAGAAUAUAUCAGCAACUGCCAGAGAGCCACCUUCUGAAAAUGGAACAAGUCUCUACGGGGCCGGUGGCUUCAUGCCGUACGGCAUUUCGGGAACGUUGGCCGGGGCUGCAACCUGCUUUUAUGCCUUUGUGGGAUUUGACUGCAUUGCAACAACUGGUGAAGAGGUCCGGAACCCUCAGAAAGCUAUUCCUAUCGGAAUUGUGACUUCUCUGCUUGUUUGCUUCAUGGCCUAUUUUGGGGUCUCUGCAGCCUUAACACUUAUGAUGCCUUACUACCUCCUCGAUGAAAAGAGCCCCCUUCCUGUAGCAUUUGAGUACGUUGGAUGGGGUCCCGCCAAAUACGUCGUGGCUGCGGGCUCCCUCUGUGCGCUGUCAGCAAGUCUUCUUGGAUGCAUUUUCCCAAUGCCUCGUGUAAUCUAUGCUAUGGCGGAGGAUGGGUUGCUUUUCAAAUGUCUAGCUCAAAUCAAUUCCAAAACGAAGACACCAAUAAUUGCUACUUUAUCAUCGGGUGCGGUGGCAGCGGUGAUGGCGUUUCUUUUUGACCUGAAGGCACUCGUGGACAUGAUGUCCAUCGGCACUCUCCUGGCCUAUUCUCUGGUCGCAGCCUGCGUCCUCAUCCUCAGGUACCAGCCCAGUCUGUCGUACGAGCAGCCCAGAUACUCUCCUGAGAAAGAAGCUCUGGAGUCGUGCGCCGGGGCGGACUCGGAAAGCGCGUCCCAGGUCACCAUGCUGCAGGGACCCGGUUUCAGCCUGCAGACCCUCUUCAGCCCCUCGGCUCUGCCCACAAAGCAGUCGGCUUCUCUCGUGAGCUUCCUGGUAGGAUUCCUGGCCUUCCUCGUGUUGGGCCUGAGUAUUCUGACCACGUACGGAGUCCAGGCCAUCGCCAGGCGGGAAGCGUGGAGCCUGGCCCUCCUGGUGCUGUUUCUUGUCCUCUGCAUUGCCAUUGUCCUCACCAUCUGGAGGCAGCCCCAGAAUCAGCAUAAAGUAUCCUUCAUGGUCCCAUGCUUACCAUUUCUGCCAGCGUUCAGCAUCCUGGUGAACAUUUACUUGAUGGUCCAGCUGAGUGCGGAGACUUGGAUCAGAUUUAGCAUUUGGAUGGCGCUUGGUUUCCUGAUUUACUUCACUUACGGCAUUCGACACAGCCUGGAGGGGAAUUCAAGAGAUGAAGAUGAUGAUGAAGACUCGUAUUCAGACAACAUGAACGCAGCAACCAAAGAAAAAGCUGCCAUUCAAGCAAAUGACCAUCACCAAAGAAACCUCAGUUUACCUUUCAUACUCAAUGAAAAGACGAGCGAAUGCUAACGCUUGUAGGAGCCGAACAGGUCAUAGUCUUAAUGUAUGUAUCCUACACUGAGCAAACCGGCAGGAUGUCAUCACCAUGCUAACUUGUCACGGGUUUGCUGCAGACAUAGUUCACCCUAAUUUAUACUCCCCUGGACAGCACCUCCUCAGGUGGUGGAUUACACCUGGGGAAACCUGAGCUCUCUCCUAGUGCUAUCCCCCAGUGUGUGUGCAUGUGUGUAUGUGUGUGCAUGUGUGUCUGUGUUGGUAGAAGUUGUUGGUGUUUUACUGCUAUUGCUUUCCAUUUUUCCAGUGUUUGUCAUGAUUUGGGGUCACAUGGUACACAUACUGAAAUGGAGGUGAUCACUGAAUCAAAGAGCGUUUUGUAUGUGCGUGGUAUUGUCAGGGAAAUGACUGUUGCUUUUCCUUGUUAGAUUUCAUUAAUGUCAACUUAGAACAGGCCACAGAUGCAGUUCCUCAUCUGGGAGUCUGUCAUUGGUUAGGAGUAAGAGGCGGGGGUAAGACAUGAGCCUGUUCUGUAACUUACAAAUGCCAAGUUACAAAUUACUUUUAAUUCCGUCCUUGUUCUAAAAGUCACUUAAAAUAAGCCAAUAGCGUCUCCCAGAUCACACAGCUGGUGGAAUGGUUCAUACUUUUUCCCAUUAUUUAAAAACGAAUCAGACAAAGAAUUCACUCCUCUCUUUCUACCAUUAUUUUGUCUUGUCCUGGAGAUGAGGGCUACAGUAGCAAAUUCUUACAUGCAAAAGAGGAAAAGAUGAAGGGAUGAAAGAAGGGAAAUUCCUCUGUUCUAAUUUUAAAGUGCCUAUUCAGAUAUUAGAGAGCAUUUGGCUCAGUUCAAGGCGUUCAGGUCUGAUUUGGCUGUUCCUUCUGGAAACAUUUAGGGAUGUUUUUCGUUCCCCACCCCAUAGUAGUCUAGCACUUUUAAUUUCAUUUAUUUUUAAAUGGUCACACUAAAGCUAUUCAUACAAGCUCCAGUAUUCUAUCAGUGGUUGGCCAAUAAAAUAUUUUGGCUAAAUACAUGAUUGUUUAAAACUUUACGUUAAAAAAUUAACCAAAUUAAAGCUAUAGAAGACAGUAACCUUUCUAUGAAUAAAUAAUUUGUUUUUUGUAAGAUUCUCUAAAUACCAUAUUUUACUUUGUAGGGUUCUCUGAUAAUAGACUGUUUAUCUGCAGUGUGAUUUGCUUCUCAUGAGUUGUUUUUCUUACAAAUCAUUAAAUGGUCGACCAGAUGAGAGCAAAGGCUCAAUACUUGUAUAGCUGGGUUGCAUUCCCGGGACAAGCGCUGUCAAGCACACCAGUUGGCCAGCCUCAUCCAGAAACAAGAAAAACGUUUCUGACAGCCCUUCUAAGAGAUCAGUUAUUGUAUUGAUGCCAUUAAAAAGCCAGUCGUGAUCGAAUUGUCUAACCAAGACCUUGUUGUGGUUAAAUAUCAAACCAACGGGUAGAAAGCCUGGGUUCUGGGCUGCUAGACUCCUGGCGUCCCUGACAUAGAACUCAGUACUGACAUUCCACAAUUCCCGGGUGUUCAUGGCAAAAUCUGCGGCUGAGAAUUCUCUUCCAAGCUGCGUGUUUCCCUGGAGAGGCAGGUGGUAUAGGAGACUUGUACGGACUGUAGCGACGCUCGGAGACCUUUGCUAUCGGAGCCGUGAGGACCCCUUGUACCCCAUUAUCAAUCUAGAAUAGGCCCUCCACACAGAGAACGUGAGGUACUUCUUAUAUGAAUAUUUAACUCUUUUGUUGUAACAAAAUCAAGAAAUCUGUUUAGAAUGUGAUAGGCAGCUAAAACUGUUAUGCCCCACAUGUUCAUUUACAAGCAGAAUUCAGUUAAAAAUUACUUUUCCACAUUGAAACACUUUGCAAACACAAAUGUCUAUGUAGAGAUGCUUUGUCGGUGACUGUGUUUUUUUUCCUUUGAAGACUCAAACGUGUGUCUGUAUGUGCAAGUGUGUAUAUAUUAUAUAUAUAUGUAUAUGUAUGUCUGCGUAUUUCAAAUGUGAGUGUAAAAGUCAGUUGGGUUUAUGAUGGGCUUUGGAAAGAAUACCAUUGUGUGGAUAAAAAAAAAAACACCCAACUGAUGUAGAGAAAAUAUAAUGUUUUGUAUUGAUGGGUAUGCUUAUAUACAAUGUUUAGGUUUUAAAGUAUUUUGAAAUGCACAGUGAUUUUAUAUAGAUGAUAUUUUCUAUAGAUAGAUUCUUAAGAAAGCGAUAUUUAUAAUGUUUCUAAGACGAAAUCACUAAACUCUAGUUCAUUGUAACAGGUGCUUUCUAAUCUGAAAUGGAGGAGGGUAGGCACAUUAGGGUGCUUCUGUUUACUUGUCUCUGUGGUACCUUUUCUGCAUCUCUGUCCUGGUACAUCUAGGAAAAGCUGGUACUGCCAGUGCUGGUACCACCUCCCUGUUCCUCCACUUGCACUAUAACCUUUUGAACAAAAUGUUGUUUUUCCUUUCUUAGGAUCACCAAAGUGUGUUUUGUGGAUUUCACUAGUCAUUAAUCACACUUCUGUGAAAUCCUCUCCAGAAAUCAAAAAGUACAUAUACACAUCCUCUUAACUGGGAGUGCCUAAAAACAGCUUACAUUACUUUCCUUUUUUUUUUUUUUUGCACUAGUAAAUAUGUUCUCUUGAUAUUUUCAGUGAGAAACUUCUUCACUGAAAAUAUUUGUAUACUCUUUUAAAAGAGAAGAUGGUUUGUGAAUGGCCAUGCAAAGGUCAUUCCUACCCUACAUUUAACAAGGUGGCUGUGCAGAUUCAAGUUUAAAAAUUAUUUAUGAGAAAACUUAUAUUAGAGCUUUUGAUGUAUACUGAAAUGUAGAUCAUUGCAUAGUCACAUUUUCCCCAGAGACAAAUAUCAGGAUAAACUAAGUCCAGAACAUCAUUUGGGGUAUGUACAUUAUAAGAAAACUAAUGUUGAGAUUAUAUAUAUAUAUAUAUAUAUAUAUAUAUAUAUAUAUAUAUAUGUAAAACUUGACUAUUACCAGCCAUAGUUGAUGUAACAUACUCAUUUCAGAAUUGUCUUCCUUCAAAAGACAAGAGCCUCUUCAUUUUCCUGGGGAAAAAAAGAUUUUAAAUAUUAGCCAAAAUAUUAUUGAAUUUGCAGGUAGUUGUUACAAUAUUUGGAAUUCGAAUCUAUACUCAUCAAGUUGUUUUCUCACGUAUUGGAAUGCUUAGCAAGGAGAAUAAGGGACAGGGCUCACCCUCCACUGCUGAGAAUGCCGCAGGGAGCGGUCGGCCUUAUCUUCUUUCCUCUUAAACCGGGGCCAGAUUCCAGAUUACAAACCACGUGAUAAAGUUGUGCCCGGUCCCACCUCUCCCUUCCCUGUGCGGUUGCUCACAGCGUUCUCUGCCUGAUUUCUCCUGAUGUGCUUCAAGUUAACACCAGCAAUAUAGUUUCCACAGAAUUUUAAAGGGUUGGAUUGCACAUCAUGGAGUAUGAAAAUUAACAAGAUUAGUGUGGAUUUGAGUUUUUACUAGUGCCAAAAUACAAUAGUGCCUUCCUUCUCUGUAUAUUUUCUACUUUCCUUCUCUAACAUGUCCUAACCCAUCCAGGGGAAAUGUACCCAAGUGCAGGUAGUGCAUGAUGCCAGCACAGGUCAUUUUUUAAUGUAGAUUUGGAAGUAAGGUUGCUUGCCUUUGUUGUUCAGCUGUGUUGGGUUUUUGUGUUUUUUUCCCCCCCCCUCAUAUAAUUAUGUUUAAACAUUUUUAAAUGGCUUUCUGUGUUCUGGGUUUUAAGAGGCCUUCUCUGUUAUUGUUGUGGUUGUUGGUUUCGUUGUUGGUUUUUGUAACAUUCAUUAUUGUUUAUAUAUGUACACAGUUUAGUCUUACUGAUUUCAAAUGCAUGGGCUGGCUGUGGCUCAACCCAGUUGGCAACCCUAUUUGCUGGGAGCACUCUACUUAGCUUUUAUUCACUAUGGCUGGGGCCACGGACACAAUCUCUGGUCUUAAAGAGCCGUCACUGACCACUGGGGCCCCGUGGGGAUCAUAAACCAGGACCCUGGGCUGGUUCCAGGAUCAUGCAGCCUGCAAAGUACGGGCGUCCAUAGCUACCUGUUGGGUGGGGUCUUGGCAUGACAGGGGAGUAUAUGAAGUAAAAGACUUCACAUGAAAGUAAGGUAGUUUGCGGUCCACAAUAUCAGUUCCAAAUACCCCACUAGUGCAUCAAGGUAAAUGAUCAGGACGAAGGAACCUCUGUGUCUCACAGGAGGGAUGGCUGCUUCCUGGAACUGGCACCAUAGGGCGUGGCUUACUGCAAUCCCUGGACUGCCACUGACAGCCUUGGGUGGAACUGCAUGGGCCAAGGUUCAGUUGAUGAAGCACCUUGUAUGACCAACAGGGUGGUGCCUCUGGCCCAUGCCUGGUUAACAGGCUCUUCAUCUUUGUGUCCACCAGGGGUGCCCAGUUGUUCUAUUGCUUUAUCUUGUUACCAUUGUACUCAAUAGAAACUGUAGAUAGGGCCCCAAACCCUACAGAAAUUCUGUGUCUGUAAAAACCAACAGAUGCAUCAGAUUUGUGAGAAUGUAAAGAUGUGUUUGUUGAGUAGGUAAUUUUAAAGUUAAAUGUUUUUAAUGAUAAUCAGCGUUCCUUUUUACUUAUGAAGUUGGAUUAUUUUUUAGAAUUUGUAAUAAAUGAAAACUGUUGCUGCUUUACCACUGUAAAAUAGGCUUUCUAAUGUGACCAUGUAUUUUUUAAAUAAAUUUUAAUACAUCUUGUAA